UGAAACAAGUGACACCGGAAGAAGAUCAAACGGAGUAGAGAAAGGAGAGAGAAAAAAAGAAGGAAGGAAAAGGAGGAGGGCGGACGCUGUCCUCUUCUUCUUCUUCUUCGUGAACCCUAAAUUCUUUCUGCUUCCCUGCUGUCAGUGGCACUCUGGAAUAACUAUAGGGAUUUUCGCCGGGAACCUUCUUGGCGAGCGGAAAAGACGUUGAUAUCUCAGCGUUCCGGCAGCUAAUUUGCGACGAUUUCGGGAUUAUUUCUCUCUUCCUGCCCUGCUUUUCACUCUAUUGAGUCGUUGAUUAGUGCUUUGGUCUUCGUCAGGAGAUAUCUUGAUAUUGGAUAGUGAUACAUUCUCCUGACUGCUGCAUUUAUGACGUUUAUCUAGAUUCAGUCUCCUUUUCUUUUGAGGUUUUGUGGUUUGAUCCUGUUUUUCGAUCCCGAGCAGCAUCGCUUCACUGAUUGUGUCGUGUUCUGCACGCUUAAUUUUUCACGACCUGAUGUUCCGGAAAUCCAUACUGUUCGUGGAGCGAAACAUAUGAUUAGCGUGUUCUGGACGCUAGAUAUUCGAGUCUCUGUUUUCUCUGGUUCUGCUAUCUACCGUCAGCGCCAAAUUAAUUUGUUUCUUCCCUUCCGCUGUCGAGAUUUUUCAAGUUUUGGCUUCUUCUUUCCUUCAUAUGUCACGGAGAAGAUAAUCCUACAUUUGCUUCCAAUGAGGAACACAGCAUUAUAAGAUUUCUGGUCUUUUCCUGCUACCUGAAGAGUUUCUUAAAUUGGAUCAAUGGCAUCGGAAGGAAUUUUUGGCUUCUCAGUGGGACUCAAUUCAGCGAAUUCCAACGGAGGAAGUUCGUUCUGUGCUUCUGUUGUGGAAGAGGUUCUACAGCAGCAUAAUGCCGGGCUUAGUGAUGUCAACCUUGCUUCUAGGAGGGCAGAGGAGUCAGUGGCAAGGAGGUAUCAAGCUGCAGGAUGGCUGAAGAAGAUGGUGGGCAUCGUUGGGUCGAGGGAUCUGCCACAUGAGCCAUCAGAGGAAGAAUUCCUCCUUGGAUUGAGGAAUGGGUUAAUUCUUUGUAAUGUUCUUAACAAAGUCCAUCCUGGGGCCGUUCCAAAGGUGGUUGAGAAUCCAGUUGAUUCAGUUUAUCUACCAGAUGGAGCAGCUUUGUCGGCAUAUCAGUAUUUCGAGAAUGUGAGGAAUUUUCUGGUUGCUAUUCAAGAGAUGGGCCUUCCGACUUUUGAGGCUUCUGAUCUUGAAAAGGGUGGCAGUUGUAUCAAGGUUGUGAACAGCGUUCUUGCUCUUAAGUCUUAUGGUGAUUGGAAACAAUCUGGAGCAAAUGGAUCAUGGAAAUUUGGUAGCAGCUUGAAACCUCCCAUCCAUGGAAGGUGCAUGACAAGAGUGGGGAAAAACUUUGAGCCUUUUAUGAGGAAUGCACCUCAUAUGGACUCCAAUGGAUUGAUGGGGCAGUCUGCUCAUUUUGGCUCAGAUGUACAGGGUUCUGGUAGUCAUUCUCUGGAUAUGCUUGUUCGUGCUCUUUUGUCUGAGAGGAAGCCUGAAGAAGUCCCAAUCGUUGUGGAAUCAAUGCUGACUAAAGUUACAGAAGAGUUUGAAAGGCGGCUUGCAAGCCAGAGCGAACAAAUACAAACAGUUCUCAAGAAUUUGGUCUUGUCUGAUGACAAAAGAUCACUUUCUGAGGCUAAGAUUUUAGCAGCUCUUUGUUCUGGCAAUCAGCCAAAGAAUGCUGUUGAUGGAAACAGUGUUGGCGGUUUGGUUACUUCAGAUCAACAGGAAAAGAGAGAUCAAAUCUCUUAUUGCACCUCAAUAAGUAAGGAAGAGUAUGAAUCCCGGAUGCAAAAACAACAGGCCCUGUUUAACCUGCAACAACAAGAGAUUAGGGAACUGAAGCAUGUACUUCAGACCACUAGAACACAUGUUCAGUUUAUGCAAUCAAAGUGCUCUGAGGAAUUCCAUUAUCUUGGUAGGCAUCUCCAAGAUCUUACACAAGCUGCUUCAGGAUAUCACAAAGUUCUUGAGGAGAAUCGGCAGUUAUACAAUCAAGUGCAGGAUCUCAAAGGUAGCAUUAGAGUAUACUGCAGAGUCAGACCCUUCUUACCUGGUCAACAAAGUGGGCUAUGCACCGUGGACUAUAUUGGCGAUGGAAAUAUUACAAUAUCCAACCCUAUGAAACAGGAAAAAGGAUCACGCAGGUCAUUUAACUUCAACAAAGUGUUUGGCCCUUCUGCUUCUCAAGAGGAGGUCUUUUGCGAUACCCAACCUUUGAUUCGUUCUGUUUUAGAUGGAUAUAAUGUUUGCAUAUUUGCAUAUGGUCAAACUGGAUCUGGAAAAACAUAUACCAUGACAGGACCCAAGCAAAUAACUGUGGAAAGCCAAGGAGUCAAUUAUAGAGCGCUGAGCGAUCUCUUUCAUAUCUCAGAACAAAGAAAAGAUGUGUUUGUAUAUGAUAUUUCUGUUCAGAUGAUUGAAAUUUACAAUGAACAAGUUAGAGAUCUACUUGUUUGUGAUAACAGCAAAAGAUUAGAAAUUCGCAAUAGCUCUCAGCAGAAUGGGUUCAACGUACCUGAUGCAAACCUGGUUCCUGUUACAUCAACAUCUGAGGUCAUUGAGUUGAUGAACAUUGGCCAGAAGAACCGUGCAGUUGGAGCCACAGCUCUUAACGAUCGUAGUAGCCGAUCGCACAGCUGUCUAACAGUUCAUGUACAAGGAAGAGAUGCAAUUUCUGGGGCCAUACUUCGUGGAUGUCUGCAUCUGGUUGACUUAGCUGGAAGUGAAAGGGUUGAUAAGUCUGAAGCCACAGGAGAAAGAUUGAAAGAAGCUCAACAUAUAAACAAGUCCCUCUCAGCAUUGGGGGAUGUUAUUGCUGCUCUUGCACAAAAGAACUCUCACAUUCCUUAUCGGAAUAGCAAACUCACCCAAUUGUUGCAAGAUUCCCUUGGAGGACAGGCAAAAACGCUUAUGUUUGUUCAUAUUAGCCCUGAAGUAGAUGCAAUUGGAGAGACAAUGAGCACCUUGAAAUUUGCUGAGCGUGUGUCCACUGUGGAGCUUGGUGCUGCUAGAAUAAAUAAGGAGACUGGUGAAAUUAGAGAGCUGCGAGAACAGAUUGCUUCUCUUAAGGCUGCGCUUGCAAGAAGGGAAGGGGAACCAGAUCAAUCAAGGAACAAAAGAUGUAGUCCAGAGAGGCAGACACCCAAGUACACCACACCAUCACCUCGUUUGAGGCGCCAAGGUGGUGCAGAUAUGCAGGGCAGCCAUAGUAGUCAUAGACAGCCCAUGGAAGAUGUGGGAAACAUAUCAUUUCCAAGCAAUGCCUCUGGAAAGCAAAGAAAACCUGGUUUUGACCAGCAGGAAUUCCCUGUGGGUGCAACUUUGCCUCUUUGGCCAGAUAAUUAUUUGAAAGCUGGCGCACAAAAAGCAGAGGAGAAAGAGGCAGGGUGUGUUAACUGGGUAGACAAGGUUAUGGUGAACAAACAAGAACCAGGGGAUGAUGCUCUGAGAUGUUGGGAUAAUGAUGACAACAGUCAUGUGGCAGAAAUGUUGUAUCAAAGAUACGUAGCUGACUUAAGGAAAAUUCAUCCUGAGCACUAUGAUCAACUGCUGAUGAGCCAGAAAGAAACUCAUGAAACUACUCUGUUGAGGAGGCUUGAUUCAAUGACAAUGGACGACUCGGAUGACAUUGAAAUUGGAACUAGUGAUUCAUCUGAACCAGACUUGCUUUGGCAAUUUAAUCUUCCUGGCAGCAUAGGUGGUACAACCCAGAGUGGGGGCCAACGGAUGAAUAAGACACAGUCUAAGCUGCCCAGCAAAAGCCCUGAUAUCAGGAGUACGCAUGGGUCAUUGCAUUCACGGAAACCCUCCGGUGGUGGUGGUGUUGACCAGUUUCAAAGGCAGCAUGCAUCUGCUGGAGUUGACAGGAAAAGGUCCGCUGGAAAAACUGGAAUCCAUGGGAGUGGAAAGUAGGUGAAACGCGUAGGACUAAUGAAAAUAAAGUAGAGAAAGGAAGACCCAGGGAGAAACAUAUGGUGAAUUUGCGGACUCGGCAUUCUUUCUUGAGUUUCAGUUGUUGGUAAUGUGAUGCAUUUGGUGUCCAGUCAGUCACCAGUUCUCAGGCUUGGCAGCGUCCUACAGCAAGAGUGCUUUUGGCGGUAGGAGAAUGUUUUCGCCAAAUUGUAUAAUGUUUAUUCGUUUGGUGAGAAGCUUGCUUGUAUUGUCUUGCAGAGUAAGCUUCUUCCUGUUCA